CUCGAUGGCCGCUGCGCCGCGGCCUUUGGUACAGAAGACAGACCAACAGAUCGUCCAAUACCACCUCGAGAUGAAGUCUUUGAAUACAUCAUAUUCCGUGGGAGUGAUAUUAAAGACCUCACCGUUUGUGAGCCACCGAAACCACAGUGCUCUUUGCCUCAGGACCCAGCUAUCGUGCAGUCUUCACUAGGUUCAUCUGCGUCUUCAUUCCAGUCAGUGGGUUCCUACGGACCUUUUGGCAGGAUGCCGACAUAUAGUCAGUUCAGUCCAAGUUCAUUAGUCGGGCAGCAGUUUGGUACUGUUGGUGUUGCUGGAAGUUCCUUGACAUCAUUUGGAACUGAAACAUCAAACAGUGGUACUUUGUCCCAAAGCAGUGCAGUUGGUUCUGCCUUUACACAGGAUACAAGAGCUAUAAAAACACAGUUAUCUCAAGCUGAAGUACACAAAGUUUCAAGACCAGAAAAUGAGCAACUCAGAAAUGAUAACAAGAGACAAGUAGUUCCAGGUGCUCCUUCAGCUCCCAGGAGAGGGCGUGGAGGUCAUCGAGGUGGCAGAGGAAGGUUUGGUAUCCGGCGAGAUGGUCCAAUGAAAUUUGAGAAAGACUUUGACUUUGAAAGUGCAAAUGCGCAAUUUAACAAGGAAGAGAUCGACAGAGAGUUUCAUAACAAACUUAAAUUAAAAGAAGAUAAACUUGAGAAACAGGAGAAACCUGUAAAUGGUGAAGAUAAAGGAGACACAGGAGUUGAUACACAAAACAGUGAAGGAAAUGCAGAUGAAGAAGAUCCUCUUGGACCUAAUUGCUACUAUGACAAAACUAAAUCUUCCUUUGACAAUAUUUCUUGUGAUGAUAAGAGAAGACCAACCUGGGCUGAGGAAAGAAGAUUAAAUGCCGAAACGUUUGGAAUCCCACUCCGUCCAAACCGUGGCCGUGGGGGAUACAGAGGCAGAGGAGGUCUUGGUUUCCGUGGCGGCCGAGGGCGUGGUAGCGGGAGAGGUGGUGCCUUUACCACCCCUCGAGGAUUUCGGGGUGCAUUCAGAGGAGGUCGUGGGGGCAGAGAGUUCGCAGAUUUUGAGUAUAGAAAAACUACAGCUUUUGGACCCUAAAAGGUCUGGAUUGAUCGAACUACUUUCUGAAAGAAAGACAACAAAGUUGCUGCAUAGUCAACAAACCAGUCUUUGAAAAUAAGUGAAUUUCUAGCUCUUCAUGGUCCUGGAAAUUGGUUUCAGUCUUUGCGAAGAAUGAAGAAGUGAAUUUGCUGUAUAUUUGUCACCAGCACUGGGUUUUUGUUCGUUUGUUUUUCUGCUUCAUUUCAAAGAUAAAAUGCAGUUACUUUUGGGGGGAGGAACGCUCAUCUUUAAAAAAUGAGCAUUAAAUAUAUUUGGAAUAGCAGAAGGUUAAGUAAUUUCUUAUGUAUAGUUAAACUAAAGCAGUACUUCAAUGGGACUUAUAAGUAUUUUUUCAUCACUGAAAGGAUUUUUCUUAUCACUAAAUUGUAUUUGGCAAUUAUUGCAGGUUGCCUGCAGAUAGGGCCGUGAUACUGUGUUUUGAGCCACAGCAGGUUGUGUGUGUGUAUGUGUGUGGGUGUGUGUGUCUAUAUCUUUCUCUCUUUUUCUUUCUUUCUUUUUGGAAAUCCUGUAAUAUGAGGUAGCCUAUUUCGUCAAUUAAUUAGGAUGCUGGAUGGUAGAGAAUUUUGUCAGUCAACUAUGUACACACAGUAAAUACUGUUUCUUAGGCAAAGGUAACUUUUUUAUAUAGUUGUAAAAUUCCAUUAUAUUCCAUUGCCAAAGAAACAUUAAGAACUUUGUAUAGCUGUAUAAAAAGCAACUAAUUUUUUAAAGAAUAAACAUUUUAAAG